AUGGGACAAAUAAUAGCUAAUGUUUGGAAAUCAUAUCAAUAUUUAAUUGAAUCUAUACGUGUUUUUCCUAAACAAAAUGAAUUUACUGAACUUAUACGUUCAUGUAAGUUUUGUUAUGUUAAUUAUGAAAAUUUAUCAUCUGGUGCAACUGGUCGACAAUUUUUUGUUGGUGGAAAUUGGAAAAUGAAUUAUUCAAAAGCUAUUUUAAAAAAAGUUAAUAAUACAUUGAAUAAUAAAAAAGGUGCUAAUGUUGAUAUUGUAUGUACACCAUCAUCUCUUUUUAUCAAAGAUUUUAUUUCAUCAAAACCAACACAUGUUCAAGUAUCUGCACAAAAUUGUUAUCAUGCUAAAGAAGGCAUAUUUACAGGUGAAAUUAGUCCGGAAUUGUGA